AUGGACCACGAGGACCUCGAUUUACUCAAUGACGAUGAGGAGUUUGAUGAGUUAUAUGAGAAAACAGUGAAUCGGACAGUGGUGGAAACAACAACGCGACGGUCCGUACCGGUCCAGCGAGAUCUGAUGAAUAACGUGCUUCCCGGAGAGGUUCCCUUUUACAAUGAGGUGCACAGAGAGGUCAGUUAUGGACCGAGCCACCAUUCCUUUCGGACGGAGGAAUUGGACUACUACGUGUAUCCUACAAACUUACAGAAGAGAACAUACCAGUACGAUAUCGUGAGGGAAUCACUGCUGCAGAAUGUACUCUGUGCCAUUCCGACAGGGAUGGGAAAGACGUUUAUUGCGUCUACUGUGAUGCUCAAUUUCUUUCGGUGGACCAAGACUGCUAAGAUUAUUUUCAUGGCACCGACGCGACCUCUUGUGGCGCAACAGAUUCAAGCAUGUCUCGGAAUUACAGAUAUACCGAAUGAUGAAACAGCUAUUUUGUUGGAUAAGAGUAGGAAGAAUAGGGAAACAAUCUGGAAGGAAAAGCGGGUGUUUUUUGCUACACCACAAGUGGUUGAGAAUGAUUUGAAGAGAGGUGUGCUUGAUCCAAAAGAGAUAAUUUGCAUCGUAAUCGAUGAAGCCCAUCGAGGAAUCGGCUCUUAUGCAUAUGCGAAUGUCGUGCAGUUUAUAGACAGAUUCAACACCUCUUAUAGGGUGUUAGCUUUGACAGCAACCCCAGGGGCCACUUUGGAGAAUGUCCAAGAAGUGGUCGACAAACUAAACAUAUCAAAGAUCGAGCUUAGAACGGAGGAGAGCGCCGACGUUCUGCGCUACAUGAAGGAGAAACACAAAGAAAAGAUAACCGUUGGUCUAUCGAUGGAAAUAGAAGACAUUAUAGAACAGCUUGGAAUUGCGAUCAUGCCCGUAUUGAAACAGGCAAUUGAACUGGAGAUAUACGAUCAUUGUGCACCAUCGCAGAUCAACGCGUUUGUCGCAAUGCAAAAGAGCCAAAAGAUCAUCACCAAUCCAUCUAUACCUGAAGGUAUAAAAUGGCGAGAUUUUUUCAUUCUACAGUUACUGAACCACAUGGGCCAGAUGUUGAAGAGAAUUAAAAUAUACGGGAUCCGAACGUUUUACAGUUAUUUCAAGAACAAAUAUAACGAAUUCACCACGAAAUAUAACCUGGGGAAGUCAACGAAUAAGAUUGCUGCCUCGUUUUACUACCAUCCGAUUUUGAGGACCCUUAGGAAACAAUGCGACGCAUAUUUAGAGGAUCCCAAAUUUUUGGGUCACGACAAACUACAACAUAUAAGAGACGAGUUAGCCGAGUUUUUCAGUGAGGGGAAUGCAACAAUGUCCAGGGUGAUUAUUUUUACAGAGUUGAGAGAAAGCGCCUUGGAAAUUGUAAAAUGUGUUGAUGCAAUGGAUGACCAUCAUAUAAGACCACAUAUCUUCAUCGGGCAAGCGAGAGCAAAAGAAGGGUUUGACGAUGUAGAAUUUAAACGGAAAAAUCAACCAAAGGGAAGGAAGAAGGUCGAUAGACUGAAGCGACAAGAGGAGGAUGCGGAAAUCGAACGCGAAAGACAGAAGAAGAAAGAUCAAGAGAAACUGGAGAGAAGUGCCAGCAGAACGGGAAGUUCAGAAGAUGCACAGAUCAAUGGUAUGACACAAAAACAGCAGAAGGACAUCAUCCACAGGUUUAAACAGGGAGAAUACAACGUUCUAAUCUGUACAUCUAUUGGAGAAGAAGGGCUGGACAUUGGAGAGGUCGAUUUGAUUAUUUGCUACGACACCACGAGCAGCCCUAUCAAAAAUAUUCAAAGAAUGGGGAGAACAGGUAGAAAAAGACACGGGCGAAUUAUGCUGUUGUUUAGCAGCAAUGAGGAACGUAAAUUCGAAAAAGCUAUGGAGGACUAUUCCAACUUGCAGAAAUUGAUUGGACAAAACUACAUUACGUACAAAAAAUCUGACCGAAUUUUACCUCCAGAAAUCACACCGCGCUGUGUAGAGGAGUUCAUCCCAAUCAACGAACAGAAUGAAGAAGUUAGUCAUAUGGGAGAUACUGACGAGGUUAUUCGUUACGCUACACAAUGCAUGUUAGGAAAGAAACCAAAGCUAAAAGAAAAGAAGAAGGUGAAGAAACCGGAACCGCCAAAAUCAAUUAAACGAUUCUUUAUGCCCAGCAAUGUCGAGACAGGUAUAGUCCCAGCGUCUAACCUGGUGGAGAAAUGCGUCAUAGACAGUACCGGCAAAAAAAUUGUAGUUGAUGGCAAGAUAAAUAAUGUGACAAGAGAGCCCGUCAAAGAAAUAAAAACCGAGGGUACCAGACGAAUUGUUGAUCUGAUUGCAGAGGAUUCCAUCUCCGAUAACGAUGUAGAUCUACAUGCCAUAGACGACGCCAAUUUGAAAAAGCGCAAUGUGUGCAAGCCGUCUACCACGGUGGACAAAAAGAGGAAAAUACAACAACAGCCGACAGCCCCCUCCAAAGGCGAAGAGCUGACAGCUAUAAAGUCUCCGCAAAGUUUACCCCGUGAGCUUCCAGUCUUGACACCUUCAGAGAGAGAAUAUUUUGAGACCCACUACCGUCCGGAAGCCUCUGUAUCCAUCGACUUGGUACCGCACUUAGAUUUUGCUACCAAAACGGGCCAAGUAGGCCAUUCUUCUUUGGUGUCUAGUAUUAUCUCACUUGCAAGCCGCCUUAAAAAUAAUGACCGAUCCACUGUCAUCGACAUGAAUCGUACCAAAUGCAUUGCAAGAGGCCUACAAAGUGGUGUCGUAAAAGAGGACAACUCUGAAUUAUCCAUUAUGGAUGAACCCAAUUCAUCAGCAAGCUUUCCCAAUACCUCCGUAGUCACUGGGAGCCAGCUGAUGGCUGAUAAGAAGCCACUAGACAAAACAACGCAGGCAAUACUGGAUCAACUUCUGGAUUCCGAUUCCGAUUUAGAAUUGUGA